GUGAUCUUACUUUUUGACACUUUAGGGAAAUUGUUAAUCGAGACACCAUGGCACAGCACCAAGAGCUUAAUAGGAAAAGGAGAUAGUGCUCAUAAGAAUAUGGCAGAUGUUCCACCUUCACUCACCCUAGAACUUCCCAAGAAAAGUGAUCUUCCUAACACAUUCAAACCUUGGAAAGAAGUCCAUCUUCCAAUCGACAUUCUUUUGUUGACAGUGGAUGACUGUGAGUUCUUAGCCUGUUAUGCAUACUUAAGAAAUGCCAUUAAAAGCUACCACAAGAACCUUGGAUAUGUGUACUUUGGGAACAUGGGUGAAAAUGGAGAUGUGCCCCUAAAAGUUGCUUUGAUGACAUGUUCUGAAGGCUCUUCUGCUCCAGAUGGCCCGCUGCUCACUGUUAAGAAUGCCGUGUUGGAACUGAGACCCAAAGCUGUUUUCUAUGUUGGCUGCUGCGGUGGGUUGAACCCAGAAGUCACCAAGUUACAGCUAGGUGAUGUGGUGGUAUCCUCUAAGCUUACAACUGAAUCAUUCAAAACCCCAGUGAGUAGAGAUAUUUUGCGCCUCGUCAGGCCUGCAGAUCAUGGUUGGAUUCCUCCAUUAAGAAAUCCAGAAGAUUAUAAAGUUCAGGUCUGCUGUAAUGGGGAGAUUUUAAGUGGCAUAAACCCAGUCAGUGCUAAAGAGCAAAACGUGUCUCAUUUUACUGAAGCUACUGCGUUUGCAUUUGGUGGUGAAGGUAAGAUAUUUAUUCCCUGUUAAAUGGCAUCAUUCUUCUCUUGUUACAUUUUCUUACGAGAGGAGUGGUGGCCCGUGGUGUACAUCUCAAACUUUAGAUCUAGAGGGUCCAGGUUAAGGCCUUGCUGCACUUUGUGCUGUUUCCUUGGACAAGAAACUUUGAUUCACUGUCCCUCGCCAUCCAGGUGUGUAAAUGGGUGCUGGUUAUGAUCCUUUGUGAUCCAGUUUUCAAUCUGAUCUUUUAAGAUCUAUUCUAUGUUUGGACAAUGAUGUCUAUGUUUGUGUAACUUGCUGUAUUUUUUAUACUAAAUUAUGCAUAAAAAAUUGAUUGAAGAACAGUAGUUUAAGUAGUGUUUUCCUUUGGAUAAAAUACAAAAGGAUAGUUAAAUUCUAUUAACAUCCUAAUGCAUAAGCUGUUUUUUUGUUUGUUUGUCCUGUUUUUUUUUUUAAUUUUUUAAAUAUGCUGAUUUAUAUCUGCCUUUUAAAAUCACUGUUACCAUUUUCUGCCUACCUGUUUGCAUGGUGAAUAAUAUUGUUUAUGUUGUCACAUCUUGAUCAACCCUGGCUGUGAUGCUCACUGGUAGAUCUGUUUGCAUCUUGAAUUUUUAAUGAUUUGUUGUUGUUUUUUCCAGGCCUUUUUGCUGCAGCACAUGAUCUUAAGAUUGAAUGGGUGAUUGUAAAAGGUAUUUCUCACUUUGCUGAUGGUAACAACCCUGCAGAAAAUUCUUGGGAAAGUCAUGCAUGCAUAAUGGCAGCUUCUCUUGUGUCCAACAUGUUGAAGGAUCCAUUUGUGUUUGAACAAUGGCCUCAUUAUGAAGGUAGGUGUCAUGCUCCUUUUUAAACCAUAUGAUAAUUAAAUCCUUACCUUUUGUGCAGAAGAAUUAAGUUUGUGUUUUUGGUUAAGUAAUGAGGUUGAUUUAAAAUGCUCACUUUCAAACCUUGUUAAUUAAUCUCUUCUAAUAAACUUGAAAAAGAAUGGAGUUCAACGUUUUCUUUGUCAACUCACAACUGUUGGAAACUAUAACAUAGGUAAAAGAAAAUUAUUAGAAAAAGGUGUAGAAAUUGGUCAGGAGGACAGGAGGGAGAUGUUUCCUGAUAAAAUUGACCAGCUGCUCAUCAUACUAUUUUAGGCAGUAAGAUUUGUGGGUUGGUACUCGGCAAGUGCAUACCUAGGGACCUAAAGUCUAAAAUGACACUUGUUUAGAGCUUCAGUGGUAUCUGUUAGGGGCCUGUAAGGUUGGGUGGGAAUUAUUUUGUUUCUCAAGUAAUUUUUGGUGCCUCUUAGGCAUUAAAAUUAAUUUCCUACAUGCCCACAAAGCUAGAUUCUGUUACUUUUUAGGGGUACUUUUGGAUUUUAUUUUUUCACAAAACCCCUGUUUUUUUUGGUUUGUUAUUUGUUUUUGUUGUUGUUGUUUUUUUUUUAAGCAUCCCGUUUGUUUCUAUAGAGGGGUUUCUCCUCCUUUUGGAGCCAUGCCAUGCCCACAAAGUAAGAUUCUGCUACCCUCUAGAGAUGCUUUAUAUUUUAUAUUUUUAUUUUUUUAUUUUUUUAUUUUUUUGACAAGCACCCCUGUUAUCUUUAAUAUUUUUUUUGUAAAGCAGUUCUGCUAUUUUCAAAGGGGAGUGUCUCUUCCUCCUUUUGGUAUCUUUUAUAGAGCUUCAAAUGAAUUUCUUCCAUGCUGACAAAGCAAGAUUCUUGUACCUUCUAGGGAUACUUUUGAAUUUUUUAUUCGACUAGCACCACAGUUGUUUAAUAGGGUAUCUCCUUCUCCCU